AUGACCACUGAAGCCCAAGACGAAUUCGACAAGCUUGUCGCCAACAACGCCCAUCGUGAAACUGUCCACCCUGAAGAUCGUGACGACGUCGACUCCCAGCACGGAUCCGAUCUCUCUGAAGAAGAACAAUACCGCAACGCCAGGAUCGACGAGGCAAUGAGAAUGCCUACCGCCGCCACCGAGUUCAAGCUGCCCCCCGUGUCUUUUGACAACGGCCGCUCUACCGGCGUCAAGGGCGUCAUUGCCGACGCCAGAAGCUAUGAAUCUGCCCGCAAGACAAAGUGGAGGGCCCGCGCGCAGUCCGUUCGCAAGAGCGUCUUUGGCUCCCCACGCAGCAACAAGAGCGAGAGCGAGAGCGAGGAGGCCAUAUUCAGCGGCGGUGAUGACGAGGAUGAAGAGGAGUUCCUGAGCAUGUGGCGGGAAGCGCGGAGGCAAGAGCUUGAGAAUGAAUCCGGACAAUCCGUCCGCGCCAGACGGACAAGCCCCAGCACCCGCAUCUACGGCCGCAUGGAUGAGGUGGAUGCCCUAGGCUAUCUGGACGCCAUUGAGAAGGUGAACAGAGACACUACUGUUGUUGUCUUUGUCUAUGAUCACGAGAGCGAAGUCUCAUCAGCCAUCGAAUCAGUGCUGAUGCCCUUGGUCAAGGCAAACCCGUCGGCUCAUUUCGUCAAGGUCCACUACGAAGACAUUGAAUUCGACAAUGCUGCCGUGCCCGCUAUCCUGGCCUACCGAAACCAGGGCGACCUGUUCGCCAACCUCACUGGCAUUAUUGAGAUGAUGCCAGAUGACGAGCACUUUGGCCCCGAGUCCCUGCAAAAGGUGCUCAAGAAGCACGGCGUGCUAUCAUGA